UAUAUUCUCAUAUCCUACACUCUUUUCCGCCGGGUAAAGAAACCCUGCGGAUAAAUAGAAAAUAGAGUUUCAUAUGAGGAGAUGUUGUUAUUUGCAGGUACACCCUUACAUCUUCGCGAGUGCGGCUUGGUUUUCCGUUGCAGAUAUCCUCAUGUAGUGUAUGAGUCCCUGUCUGAUUUACAACUGUCAGCAAAUCUAUGGUUAGUCAGUCCCGAUAUUUGUUCUCGUUAUUGGACAUCUUCUUUAAAAUAGUCUGGGCACUAUGCAGCUACAAAACAGCCGCCACGGGAAAACAAAAUUCUUUACUUUUUGCUUUGCGGUACCCCGCAAAUCCAUCGUGAAUUUGCCGAAGUUUCCUGAAGAUACCUACCCAUAGACUGUCGUCUUAUAAAUAACAAGCUCGCAGCAAUCAUGCAAUGCUUCAUGUGCUUCUUUUUGUUCUUGCUGAUGUAGCUUUGGUUCUCAAGAUGAAGCUCUCUAUGGUUUCAACUACCGUUUUAUUUAUGGCCAGUGUGGUAACUGCGACCAUUUGGCAGAAUGAUCAAGUCCGAAUCACGAAUUAUCCAGAUACAAAGAUAGAUCUGGAUAGCUACACUCUCGCUAGCUUUCCUCCUAGCUCACCAGAGCUCUCGUACAAAGGACGAUGGGAUAGUAAAUAUGUUUCAUGGUGGUCGUAGGUUAUCUCUCUUGAGUUCCUUCCGUCCGGACGAGGAGGCUAAGCAAAUCUAGGGCACCUGGUCUCAAAUUCGGAUUUACCGGAGAACAAGUCGCAAUUACUUUUGGGCCUUUAACUUCAGACACGGUAUUGGUCGCCUAUCGAGUAAAUGGUCAGGAUUGGCAAUUCACCAAUAUCACUACAAGUGCGACCCAUCUACUUGUCAGUUCCGAAUCUCCCGCAAUCGAUGUUCCCUGGCCCAUAAAUCCAUCAACGUUUGAGCUAAGAGUCACCAACUGGGCCUAUGGUGUUCAAAUCUCUGCCGUGCAUUUGAGUCAAGGCCAAAGUCUGAUCAAAAUCCCCAAUUAUUCGAGGUCUAUUGAGUUCAUUGGAGAUUCCCUUUCAUCUGGGUACACAGCUACUCUAGAAGGUCUCUCGAGCUUUACGUAUGGUAUGGGAGCUGGUCUUGGAAAUACUGAGUACUCCAUUACAGCAUAUCCGGGCAUUUGUCUCUACGACCAGUUAUGUUUCGGCAAUACUCGAGGGAUGUUUCAUCAAUGGUAUUAUACUUCUGAUACUAGCCCUCGUGCUGCUCAAAUAUGGGGUGACAAGCCAGAGCUUUGGGAUUUUUCUAAACAAGACGAUCCAGAUUUUGUAGUGAUUAACCUAGGGACUAAUGAUAGCAACGGGGCAAACAAUGUUUCUAGUGCUCAUUAUGUCGCUCAAUAUAAAUUGCUAAUUGAAGGUAUCCAUGCUGUUUGGCCCAACGCUCAAGUAAUUAUCAUGGUAAGUCAAAGUCUACUUGUGUAUGAAAAUUACUAAUAGAGCCAGUCUCUCUGGGAAGGCUUUUUUGCCUACGGAAAUUCUUAUGCUCAAGCUCAAGGAUUCACCACCGAGAUAUACGACAUCUAUCAAUAUUUCAACUCCAAAGAGUACUUAUCUAACCCUAUACUGUACAAUCCGCAUACCAAUUCCACCUAUUCGUCCAAUAAAACAUCCUCACCAUUCGUAUCGUACUUCAACACCACAGGUUUAAUGCAACACAAUGACAUUGGACCAGCUUAUCACCCAACGGAUGUAGGACAUGUCAAGAUUGCAAGUCACCUCAUCCAGUACGUCAGAUUGAAGUUUGGAUGGGAAUUGUAUGCAACCGGGCCGGAAGUAUUCCAUGAUACACUUUAUGUACGUUCAAAUGUGGAUAACAUUACAAUUUGAAGAGACUACUAACUCAUCACCAGUGGAACGACAAUCAAAGUUAUUGAACGCCCUCCAGAUAUUUAUAGAGUGUGGCUCUUUUGAUAUAUAAGAAAAUUCUUCGUGGAAUCGAGGGACUUUUGAUGUGCUAGAGUGAUAAUUUGGCAUGAAGUCAUGAUAACCUUUAUUCCUCCCGUCCCCUCUGUUUGAUAGAUGUUACACAGCCUCCUCCACAAAUUUACCGUCUGUCAUUCAGCAAAUCAUCAAUAACAUUCCCGUCGUUUUGAUUCAAUCAAGACUUGCACUGCCUCCUCCGCAUU